CAAGCUCGCGCAGGUCGACUGGCUGUUACCUAACCUUUUGCCGGUAACGUUAGAGACGGAGAACUUGGCAGAUAAUCUGUGCACCAGAACGCUGUUUGCCUCUUCCGACGCUGCCGCGGGACUCGUUCGCCGAAGAUGCCGUCCAAAAUCGCCAAGGCCGGGGACUCGGCUGCCCCGACCGCUGGGAAUGUCUCUGUGGCCGUCAUGCCGAGCAUUCCUCUGAUGGCUACGCCGGUCCUGCCAUUGGACAAGAUCAGGGCUUUGCAGCCGAUGCCCGACAUGACGGAGGAGGACGAACUCCAGGAUAUCGAGACCGUAGAUCGGCGCUCUGAAGCAGAUCUGGUCCCAGUGUUCCAAAAGCGUGCAGCGGCAAGCAUUCUCGAGGUCUUUUAUGACUUAUGGGUUACCGCCAACUUGGGUAUCUUUAUGAAGGUGCACGAUGUGGGCAACUCGGCUCAGUUAUGGUCAUACAUUGGAUACAUUAGUAUUGUCUGGUUCAACCGGUUCAUCUUGUUGUGCUUCGAAGUGCGCUACGCUACCGACAGUAUCUUCGAAAGAUUCGCGCUCACGUUACAUCUUGGUGUGCUGGUCGGCUUCACCGUCGUCGCUCCCAAGUAUGAUCCAGAACAUCAGGUCAAGAGUGCCUGGCAGAGCAUGUCGUUGAUCCUGAUGGCGUCGAGGCUUGUGCUUGCAGUGGAAUAUGCCACAGUCCUGUGGCACAUCCGGAAAUUCAAGCAGGGCAAGCUUCCUUUGCUCGUCGUUCUUGCCUCGCAUUUAGUAGCAGCCAGCAUCUACCUUGGGGUCUCCUUCACCUUCCAUGACAGCAGCAAUAGUCAGGCUUACAAUGCUUUUUAUGUCGUCAUGGCUUUCGAGGCCGUUGUCCAGCUUGGCCUGUCGUAUGUCUACAGCGUCCUAUCUUUCGAGGGCACGCAUCUGGCGGAACGCAUGUCUUUCUUGACGAUGUUCAUCCUUGGUCAAGGUGCUAUGGUUAUUAUGGAUAGUGUCGUGAACGUCGUCAAGAAUAAUGGAUGGUCUUCCUCUAUUAUCGGUGUUCUAAUCUCCGGCGUCGUUACUGUCUACUUUGUCUUCAUGCUUUACAAGGACUGGACAGUUGGCUUUGCGAAAUUGGUAGACUGGCAGCAGCUCGUCUGGUCGAUCUUACACUACCCUUUCCACGUAUUUUUACUGCUCUUCAUCAAAGGAAGCACACAGUUCCUGCUCUGGUGGAAAGUCACUGAAGUCGAGGACAGCAUUACGUACAAGUUCGAUCACGCCUUUGAUGCUCUGGACGUUCCAUACGUUACCAGUGCAGAUGUCGUCGCUUCGCUGAACCAGACGAUCCAAGAGGUGUGGCAAGAGUACAAACCUGUGUGGAGUACAGUGGAAGACGAGAUUGCCGAUUGGCUCGGCCAGGUCAACACCAUUCCCGACGCAAUGUGGAACGACGCGGAUCCAACUACUGAUCCCCACUGGAGCACAUUCUCGAAUGCCAUAAACUACCUCCGAAUUGCAGUUGUCAAUAGCGUCUUUGGCAAUUUCGGGAUUGACGCGAUCCAGGGGCUCUUCAGUUCGGGGCAGCUGGAAAGCCUUAGCUUGGAUGACGCGAACCAGAAGGCAUAUGAUAAUACGACUGAACAGUUUUACUUGGUGUUCCAGUACGUGUUUGCCUGCGCGGGCAUGGCCCUGAUCACCAUGACGCUCCUCUACAUUCUUAUCAAACGCAAACCAACUUCGCACCGGAACGCCGUCUACUUCUACGUCCGAACGGCCGUAUUUUUCCUCCUGGGUAUUGGCCUCAGCUUGGUGACCCUGGUCAGUCUUGACGACAACAAGACGAGCAACUUCCUGUUCACCCCAUGGAUGCUUCCGACGCUCUGCUUUGUUUUCCUGUUCGUCAUUAUCUUGACGCACGUGGAAAGCCCAUCGAAAAUUGUUUUCUUUCCUCCCUUGUCCAAACCUGUCACAGCAUAUACCCAAGCCUGACCGCAUUGCACCGAACCCACGGCGACAAUCGCGCGAGGCGUCCGUUACGGUGAUCGCAAGGCCCCCAGCAAAGACUCCUCUUGCAGGGUAGGUGUAUUGCUGCUGCAUGGAUCAUCUAGGAGAUUGCAAAAAGGCGCUGAAAGGGGAUCAUAUAGAUGGGAAUGUGAAUUUUAGCCGUUACCUUGGCUUCUGCUAGACAAGCUUUGCUAACGCUGAUG